GAUGCCUCCAGACGCGAGAUACGCGUACGACUGAAAAUGUGAACGCGCUCUACCGGCUUCUUUUAUUCUCUUAACGUCGUUUAUCUCAUUGAACGACGUUGAUCUGUCGUCGAUCGUUAUUUGACAAGGAGGAGCGAUUAGUGUGACAAACUUUAUUUUCUUUUUUUCACGUGAGAAACUCUCGUACUAUUUAUUCAUUGUUAUUUUUAAACGACGAUCGUCCAAGAGACAGAAAAAAGAACGUCGUCUUUGAUCCCGUGGAAGAUGUAAAUGAGAAAGAAGAUACUCGGAAAGACUUUUCGGUGACAAGGCAAGUGAAACGGACACUCGAGUGAUCUCGAAUAGUAAAUAAUCUAUCGCGAAGAGAGAUAGAGAAGGAGGGAAAAAGAAAAAGAGAGAGAGAGAGAGAAGAUUCGACGUCUAGCUUGUGCAGUGAAUCCUUCGUGAUAAUUUAUUCGGGACUUCGAUCGUGAUGAAGCUGCACGAGAAGAAGGAAUCGGGUAUCCAUAGGAUACAAGAGGUACCGCUCGAAGAGUUGGAUCUAGCAAAGGAGUACAAUGUGGAGAAGACUUUGGGCGAGGGUAGUUUCGCCAAGAUCCUUCUCGCGACGCAUAGGGCAACGCAAACGAGGGUGGUCCUCAAGGCGGUUCAUCAGGAACUCACCACCGAAAAGGAUUUCUUUCGGGAAUUCCAUUACUCCUAUCAUCUCAGUCCGCAUCCUAGUAUACUCUGUUCUUACGCGGUUGCCUUCAAGGCCGAGAAAUGUUACUUCUUCGCUCAGGAAUACGCGCCGUUCGGGGAUCUAUCCGGAAACGUAAAAGCCGGAGGAUUAGGCGAAGAUGCCUGCAAGAGAAUCGCCGGACAAUUGGCUUCGGCUCUCGACUUCCUUCAUUCCAAGCAACUGGCACACCGAGAUAUUAAACUCGAGAACGUGCUGGUGUUCGCUCAAGACAUGUCCAAGAUAAAGCUCUGCGACUUUGGUAGUACGAAACGCGAGGGUAGUCUAGUGAACAAAAUCAGAUGCACCUGGGUGCCGUUUCAGCCGCCUGAGAUCUACGAGGUUAUCAAGAACGAAAGGUACGCCUGCAAGAGAAGCGCCGAUUGCUGGCAAUUCGGCAUAGUCCUCUUCGUCUGUCUGACAGGCAAUCCACCCUGGCAGAGUGCCGACCUGAUCCAGGAUCCGGAUUACUCGGGUUUUCAGAGAUGGCUCAAAAGACGUACCACCAAAAUACCACCGACUUUCAGACGUUUCACGCCACGGCUUUUGAGGUACUUCAGGCGAGCCUUCGAGCACAAGCCCGAGAAGAGACCGCACGUGACGGAGAUCAACAAAUACCUGAAAGAUUCUUGGUGCAUCAGCAAAAUCAGUCACAGUGCUACCUCCACGUCGGUCGACGUGAACGAGAGCCUAGCCAGGAGAGGCGACAGCCUUCUCUAUUUGGACACGAUCGUGGACGAUCGUCACAACGUCGACGAGAACAAGAACAAACUGAGAAAACUCUUAAACAGUUACGGUCUCGAGACGACGGUCGAUCAGAAGGUUGUAACGAAGAGAAUCUGGGAAUGGGUGAUGCAAUGCGAUUCCACCAUCCACGAUCCCAGUUUCAUAGGUGGAUUUGGUACGGAGAAUAUGUGAGAGAUGGUUAAAUCUUUCAGCGAACCGUGCUUGCAGAGCAUCAAGCAGGAACGCAAGUACAGCCUGGCAGAUCUCGACGUGCAAGUCGAACGUGCGAAAUAAUGCCGUGGUGGCGAAUAAGCUUAGUAAGCUAUCGAACUGCAUUAUCCAUGACGUGGACGUCGAGUGCAAUUUCAUGCAUCGAUCACAUCUCCAACGUGUUCAGUAAUACCGUGUGAUAGACUUUAUCGACGGACCGAUAAUCGAUGAACUCUUCGCGUCUUUCGAAAUCGUUCAAGGGCGAUACCGAUAAAAAACAUGACGAGGUCGUAAGGUCGCGCGAUGCAGAAGUGUACGAGUGACUUAUCGACGAUGCAAGAAGAAGACGAGAGAGAGAGAGAGAGAGAGAGAGAGAGAG